CCGCGAGGAGACGCUCCCGCUGCGUGGCUGGCGGAGCCCCCGCAGCCGGGGGGAUGCGCGGCCGCACCGGGCAUCGGGGACUGUCCUUCGGAGGGGCAAGGGCGGCCUCGCACCGGGGGGAGCAGAAAGGAGCAGCUGCCGGCAGGGUGCUGGGGCAAGGGUUCCCGAGCAACAGUGAGCGCAGGGGGCUCAGAGCAGGUAGGGCAAACAGCCCUCUCUCCUGCCUACUUGUGCCGGCGCUCUGGAGAGCAACUCUGGCUGCUGCUGCCGAGGGAGGAUGGGGUGACAAGGCUCGCCGGAGCCAAAACCACCUCCUGUCUCUUCUUAGAAGCAGCCAGGCAGUCUUCAGGGCUCUGCCCCAGUGCCGUGUCUCAUACCCACCGCUUCAUCCUUGGACUCAUCGGCAGUCGCACAGCGCAGAGAACCCUCAGCCUGGCCGUGCCGUAGGGACCGAAUAAGCGCCUUUUCUUUCGGAAUUUUGUUUCUCUGGUUACACCUUCUGCACACUGCCCUUUCUGACCGGUGGGAUCCGGGACAUAGGGUGGUGAGGAGGCAAGCGCAGGAUGGGGCGGAGGAUGUGUGUGAUCUAGAAGGGCACAGCAGGAAGUACUGCAGCGUCAAGCAAAAUGUAUCCUGGUUGCACAUCUGAAAUUGCUGCCGUGUCCACUUUGUAGGCUAUGGGGAAGAAUAGAAAGUAUUCAGCGUCUGUGGGGGUCACAUGUUUCAAACCAAAGAAUAAGAAAACAGUAUUGAAACCCAUUGGGUAGAGAAGCAUAAAUUAGCUCUGCCUUAUUGCUGGCCUAUAACAGCAGAUUUAUCUGGUCACAAAAAGCAGCAAGUAGGUGUCCUUUUGGAGUCUGUUGAACAUACAGAACAGCAUAGGAGUGAUUCUGCAUACAUACUGGUAUGUGAACUUCCUAUCACUUACAGGUACUUUAUUCUGAAAGACCUGGAAAAAGGGAGUAAGUAUCACACCCCACCUGUUGAACAGUUUUCCUAAGUUCAGUGAUUACAAAGAUAACACAUAAAGUUUUGCCUUACCAAGUAUGCAAGAUGGAAACCCAAAUCUUUGCUCACCAAGUCACUGAGGACAUUGUUGAGACUGUUGAGACUGAUGAAGAAUUAUUAAUGUGCUUGAGGAUUACCAUGCUGUGAAUGCGGGCAGUCUGGCAGCCAAGAUCAGGCACUGUAACCUGCAAACAUUUUAAUGCUGGAAGGAAGAGUAGGUGUUCCAUGAUGCAAGACUGCUGGAAGGGAGAAAUGGAAAAUCAUAGUAAGAAUUUGGCUGUAUAUGGAAAACUAAAAAAUGAAUGUGCCUUCUCAAGCAGAAGUCAGUGUAUCCUUUAAGAGUAUAAAACACUGGUUCUGCAGAAAAGCAAUGUCAAGCCCUGCUGCUCGCUUGCAGUUAAAUUGACACAGCACAAGAACAUUACGUAGCAAGAAAAAAAAGCCCCACCCUGCUAGAAAUGUACAGUGACAGCAUAGGUGAAGGAAGCUGUACAAAACCUUUCCAGGAUGUCUUGUCACACUUUGCCUUUGCUGAAACUCGAGUGAAACUAGAGGGUUACUUAAAAAGCUGUGGCUGACGUUUGCUCCUGUGGCUGAUAAGACAGCUGCCUACUUCCACAUUUCCCUGGAGAUGGUCAACUGGCUCUCAAUAGUGUAUCUCCUCAUCUCAAUCCCAUUUGGUCUGGUGUCAACAUGGGUUCUCGACAGCGUGGGGCUCAGAUGUGCUGUGAUCCUGAGCGCAUGGCUGAACAUGAUGGGAAGCAUCAUCCGGAUGUUCGGCAUCCUGAAGUUCCUGAGCUUGGGUUCCCAGAGUUACUGGUACCUGUUUACUGGGCAGUGCCUCUGUGCACUGGCACAGCCCCUUAUCAUCUUUUCACCAACAAAACUAGCAGCACUAUGGUUCCCAGACCACCAGAGAGCAAAAGCAAAUAUGAUUGGAUCAAUGUCCAAUCCCCUGGGUGUUCUUAUAGCAAAUGUGCUGUCACCUGCACUAGUUCCUGAAGGAAAGCACAUCCCAUUGAUGCUGGGUGUUUAUGCUGUCCCAGCAGUAACAGCCUGCGCUCUAGCUACUGUGGGAAUUCACGAGAAGGUUCCUCCAACACCUCCUUCAGCCAGUGCCACUACCUCCACCUCCCAGCCAUUCCUUGUGAGUCUUAAAAUGCUCUUGAGAAACAAGCCAUACAUCAUCCUGGCAGUGUGCUUUGGAGGAGGAAUUGGGACAUUCACCUGCUUUUCAGCUCUGCUAGAACAGAUCCUUUGUGAAAAAGGAUAUUCAAAUGAAUUUGCUGGCCUGAAUGGUGCACUGUUCACAGUGUGUGGUUUGUUGGGUGCUUUCCUGCUAAGCCUGUAUGUCGACCGGACAAGGAAGUUUAUAGAGUCCACCAAGAUUUGUUUCUGUCUGAGUGCACUUGCCAGCAUUGUGUUCGCAGUGAGUUCUCGGUUCAGACAUCAGGCCAUCACGCUGGCCAUCACCAGCUCAGUCUUUGGUUUUUUUGGUUUUGCCAUCUACCCCAUUGCCAUGGAGCUGGCUGUGGAGUGCUCAUACCCUGUAGGAGAGGGCACAUCUACAGGACUGAUUUUUGUUGCCAGCCAGAUUGAAGGUGUGAUUUUAAUGGUUCUGCUACAAGCCUUCACUGUGCGUGUUUCUGAGGAUCCAUCCUCCACCUGUGCCCUUGACCAGGAUGGAGCCCUGGACUGGACAACUCCAGUACUGGUGCUGGCUGGCCUCUGCAGUGCUAUGGCUUGUUUCUAUGUCAUCUUCUUCCACACUGACUACAAGCGGCUCCAUGCUGAGACAAAUGGUGAUUUGGUCAAGGCAGAAGAUGCAGCAACAGCAGAUGUUCCUGAAGCCUAACCGGCCAAAAAAGGGAUGCCAAGGUUCUAGUAAAGAAGAACUCAGGACUUUGGGCAGGGACUAUGACUGCAGAUGCUCAGCUGGCAUACUGGGAUAGCUGUGUCCUGUUGCAGAAUAAGCAAGAGCUAGAGCAGAGUCACUGGGGCACCUUUGCUGUGCUUCCCUCAAUAUUGUAUUUAUUUGUGAGUCUGGACUGUAAGAAAGGCUGUGCUGCCAGAAAGGUCAAAGUGGGACUGGACAACUAUGCAGGUAACAGGGAGUUUUAGCUGACUUGAUUUAAGCUAAAGAUAUGUUGCAGAAGAGAGGAUCAUCACAUUUUAGCCAUUUUUUCAUUUACUUGGAUCAGGGAUGAAGCUUUCACACAGGUAGAAGCCAUGCUUAUCACAAACCUAGUGGAAAACUUCUAAGGACUGUGGUUCUUGUACAGCAUAACAAUUCUUCCACCUUAAUGCUAGAGCUAACUGUGCCUCUCAGCUAAAGGGUGGUAGGAGCUAGAGCUACAGGAGCUAGCUUCCACUGCAGCAGGGAAGCAUAGGUAUGUGAUCUGUCAAGUCUGUUACAGUGAGCCACUUUGUCCAAUUUUAUAACAGGAAAAGCCCUGCCUGCAGUGCUGCCUGUAAAAGAAAAUAACAGUAAGCAGCAGAAGUUAAAUAUGGCAGUAUUCUUUACCGUCUGGUCCCCUGCCAGAUGCAGAGACAUUCAGGAUAAGCGUGUUUUACUUGGGCUUCUGUUGUUUCUUCACCUUUCCUGCAAUUCCAGUGGUUUAAGUUUUCCACAAGAAAACCUGCUUGUGUCAGAUUAGAUUGUACCUGCUUGUGUCAGAUUAGGGUAGUGUACCCUCCCCAGGUCAAAUUAUGCUCUCCUAUAAGGGAAAACUGAGAGAGCAGCUCACUUUUUGAGGAAUGACACAGCAGUGCCUGGUGUGAUGGAAGCUGGCAGAACUGGCAAAGGUAACCACUUAAGAGAAUGCAAGGACCUGUGCUAAAUUUCUGAAGAUGAUAAGGUCUUUCUGGGGAAGACCAAGUAGGAAACAACAUCAACAAGCACCUUCUGGUUCUCUCUGCAACUGUUUUUUGGUGUUAGAAGAGAUGGGUAGUGACACGAAAAAUCCAAUCUGAAGUUCAGUUACAGACUCAAAGAAUCAUCGAGGUAGGAAAAGACCUUGAAGAUCAUCCAGUCCAACCCUUGACCUAACACUGACAGUUCCCAACUACACCAUAUUCCUAAGACCAAUGU